GUUCGGAAACAUUCGGCACUUGCCGAGCGAGAGUUGGAACGUGAGUAGUAGUGGGCCGGGCACCCAACGCGCCAGCCGGCCAGUUCUCAUCCGGAUAAGCUCGAACCAAGUACGAUUUCCGACCUCUCACGGGUUUUGGUUUCUGUGCGUGUUAUAUCAGUGGUUGUGUGUCUGUGUUUGGAGUCCGAUUAGGAUUAUUUAUCAUCCUGUGGAAAAGGGAAUUUCUGCGAUCCAGGGCCUGAUGGAAGGAAUGGUCCGAGUUCCCGGUUCCCCGCAGAGGGUCGGGGCCCAGGUCAGGGGUUCCUGGAGAGACUACCUGGAAGACACCGACUGGUGGCGGGAGUGCAGGGACAGCGACGAGUUCGAACCUUUCAGCGACGACGAGGAGAUGGUCGGCCUCGACUUGGCCCUCUUCGAACCGGCGCCGUCCGGCGACUCGAAAGAAGACGACGACUGCUGUUCCCUCUGCUGCUCCGACUGCUACUAUUACCUUCCUCCGCCUCCCCCUCCGAACAUGUACAUCGCGAACGUCGAGACGUGGGACGAGAAUCACAAUGGUAAGCCAGGAUUGUUGUGUUUACCAUAUUUGACAAGCAGUAAGAACAUUAUUUUUCUGCAGAACCACAAAGAGCUACCCCUGGGGCACAGGCCGUCCUCGAAAGAAGACAAAAUCCCGCAUCUUACAUGGGAGCCUUACUUCUGCGUCUUGCUGCAGGACGAACAGACCUUGACUGCAUACAGGAGCGAAGAACUAUCGAUCUUUGCUGGCUCUCUCGUUGGUCUCAAGUCCAACGUUAAGAUUGGUGAUUCGUUGUUCGUGGACCUCCCUCGCGUCCGUUUGGACGGCGGUGCCCGGGCUUUUAGACAGAGAUGGGGCUACGACCUGGGGCCGCCGCCUCUCCUCGAGGAAGAAGAAGAAUCUGCAGACGUCGAAGACCAGGAGACCAUCUCACUUCGGGAUCACCAGCCGCCUGCAUCCCCAUUAGACACAUCUUACGAGAAGGCUUGCCGGAGGGGAAGUGCUCCAGCCACUCCUGUCCUCGGCAACAGGACCCUAGAACUCACCCCUUCCAGGAUUGUCAAUUUCUUCUCCAAGAGGUCUUUCAGAGCGAACCCGCUGAAGAGGACGAAAAGCGUGACGAAGCUCGAAAGGAAGCGGGCUCUCGAUUCCGACGGGGUUGUGAGGGGGCUGAGGACUUCGAGAUCUCACGAGAGCCUACUCUCAGGGCAGAGCGCCAUGCAGAACCUGGACCUGAGCUCAGGAGGCGUCGAGAUCAAGCCUCUGCACCGUUCCGUCCUCGGGAGGGAGCACUGCUUCCAGGUCACCCUGCCAGCUGGAGAGCCGAGGUACUUCUCCUGCAGGACUGCUGAAGAACGAGAUAAAUGGGUUCACAGUUUGAGAAAAUCGGCUCAGCCUGACCAGGAACACCAAAGAAGAACAGACAAUUCGCUUAAGAUUUGGAUACUUGAAGCCAAAGGAAUAGCAAACAAAAAAAGGUAUUUUUGUGAAUUAUGUCUGGACAAGACGCUUUAUGCAAGGACAUCGGGAAAACAGAAGGGAGACCUGUGCUUCUGGGGAGAGCACUUCGACUUUCUCAAUCUACCUACGGUCAAUGUAAUCAAUAUCAACUUGUACAGGGAGGCCGACAGGAAGAAGAAGAGAGAAAAGAACGUGCUGAUAGGGAGCGUGAGCAUUCCUGUUCAUGAAGUGACAUCCCGCUACCUCAUGGAAAAAUGGUACCCGGUCAUCAGUGAGAAGCCGAUGAAAGAGACUCCGGCUCUCAGGGUGAAAUGCAGGUUCCAAACAGUCGAUAUUCUUCCUGUACAAGUCUACCAGGAAUUUUUGCAGUACCUGAAAACUGAUUAUAAAUCAAUAUGCGAGAUCCUUGAACCUGUUAUCGGUGUUAAAGCGAAAGAAGACAUAGCAACUGCUUUAGUCCACAUAAUGCAAAAAGAAGGUUUAGCUAAGGAAUUUCUUUCAGACAUCGUCAUGAUGGAUAUCGACAGAAUCGAGGAUGAAAGAUUAACCUUUCGAGGGAAUUCCUUAGCUACAAAGGCAAUGGAAGCUUAUUUGAAAUUGACAGGUGAACGAUACCUCCACAAUACGCUCGGUGAGCUCGUGACCAAUGUACUGAGCUCAGGAGUGGACUGUGAAGUCGAUCCACUGAAAGUUGGCUCAGCCCCACAGCUUGCGAAACAGCAAGCCAACUUGAGAAAUACUGUCGAAACGACCUGGGCGAGGAUCCUAGCCUCCCACACCAAUUUUCCUUUAGAAUUGAGGGAAUGUUUCUGUCUUAUGAGAGAAAGAUUGACGUCUUCUGGAAAACAGGAAAUAAGCGACAAUUUGAUCUCUGCUUGUAUAUUCUUAAGAUUCCUAUGUCCAGCUAUAUUAUCACCUAGUCUAUUCAACAUAACUCAUGAAUACCCUAAUGAGAAAGCAGCAAGAAACUUGACCCUUGUUGCAAAGACACUCCAGACCCUGGCAAACUUUACAAAAUUCCAGGGGAAGGAAAACUUCAUGGAGUUUAUGAAUGACUUCUUGGAGCGUGAAGCUCCUUCAAUGAAAGAUUUUCUCAACAUUAUUUCUAGUCAUUUAAGCAAAGAACUUUACCCUGGGCAAACCUCUGAUUUUGAUGGCUACAUUGACCUCGGCAAGCAGCUCUCGAUCCUGCAUGCACUUUUACAAGAGUGUGUUUCGAAAGUAGCUGCAGCCAGGCUCGGCGAUGUGCAACACCUCCACUGCAUUUUGGAAAGGGUGAGGACAGCUUUGAACCAACCCGCGACCGCCGGGGGGCUCCUAAGGCAGAUUUCGGCCCCGCAAACUCUCGUGAGUAACGGGCUCGAACAGGCCAACUAUCAGUCGCUUCAGAGGAACAUAUUCAGGUUCAACGACCCAACUGUCUGUAUGAACAAUCCUUCACUGACCCAUCACUAUGCGAAUGAGGGUAAAUCUCCGGUCGUUGGGAGAGCGUCGACUUUGCCAAGAAAUGCUUAUCUGCCCUCUGCGGCACUCUCGACAUCACAAGAAGAAGGCACAACCUCCUUCAAUACACCUGCUAAACAUCACCAUCACCACCAUCAUCAUAUUGCCAGAGGGAAUACACCUAGGAUUCCCGGCCUCAAUAAUGGCCAUAUAGAUGAUCUGUCCGACUGUGAAUUAGAUGCCCAGCAUAAAGGAAGUCAAGUUUCCAUUUCCACUCUCUCUAAUGUGGCUUCAUCUGGUUAUCAGAGCUUUGCUGCUUACAGUCAAAGUUCAAGUCCUGUAGAUCUGACUACGCCAUCUAAUAGUAACAACAACAAUAACAAUAACACAUCUGGUACUCAGAAUGCCGUGAAUGGAACUUCAAACAGUUCAGCCCCACCUCUCGCAUUUAACAACCCUGUCUACCAACAACAAAUUAGAAGUCCUAGAAGGGUUCAAAGAAGAUCAAGUUCUUCGUCAAGUUCAGACGGACAGCCGGAGGUGGUCGCCAAUGAUGAGGUGAUAACCGCAAGCAGGCCAGCACCGAGGCUGCCGAGGACAAAUCCUUCAGCUCCUCCUCCGAGGUCGCACGUCUGGCGAUCGAACGCAAGCCAUGCCACCCACAUUCAAAUUGGGCAUCACCCAGCUGGCGCAAACCGAAUCUUUGCAAACAACAAUUCACAACUAGGUAACAGCACGAGACGAUGCAAAAGUGAUGUGUUGGCUAAUAGAGGGAGAUUGGCUGACUUGGGGUUGUUGUCAGGUGGCAGUGGAGCCCAGGGGCAGCAAGUGGAGCCGAGGAGGAUGUCCCUUGAUUCGACAAGGGACUUGACCGAUAGUUCCGAUGAAGAAACUUGUCAGGAAGCAAGGAGACACAAAAGAAACGAUCAAGUCAUGAGAAAAUAUGAACGUGAAAUUGAACGACUUCAAACAAGCGUAGAAAUUUUGAAAAUGAAACUUGAGCAAGCGGAUUUAGAGAACGAAGGCAGUCCGACUGUUCCACCACCGAGGGACGAACCAGAUAACAUGAAAGGAAUAAUAGCGAGGCUGAUCGCUGUCGAAGAGGAGUUGAGGAGAGAACAGAGAAAAAUGUCCGAUACUCUCACUUACAAGCAGAGAGUGAUCGAGGCGCAAGAACACCAAAUCGCUGUUCUGGACGCGACCAAUAGCCGCCUUCUGGCAGCUCUGAGUCGCUAUCAAACGCCGAAUAACAACAAUAACAACCAGCAGCAACGAGUGCUGACAAAUCUGAGCGAGCUUCAGAGCUCGUCUUGUUAAGUUUCAAAGACCAAAGAUCAUGAUUCUCUCCCUCCCAUUUCAGAGGAAAGCCCAAAAAGAUAAUGUAAUUUUUAGACACCCUAGACUGAACACAAUCUAUGCCUUUAUUUCGCCUAGAGAGCUUACAACAUUUAUAGAAAAAAAUACAUCAUUUAACUGACCUGUUUCCCUCAAUUUCCCCAGUAUUAUCAAAUAUGUGUGACUAGGUGUGAUAAUAGAUGAUUAGAGGUAUUUAUUGAUUUUAAAAAAAUUGUAGAGAUAGGCCAGAUUGCACAGCUUUUAUUGUACAGAUGACAACAUUUUUAAUUCACCUUACAACCUCAUGAAUUUAAACUUUUAAAAAUAAUAACUCUGUAAUGUUUUAAUUUUCCUCAAUAUGUAAAUAGGAAUUGUAGCGAAAGUACAAUUAAAAAUUUGUUUUUACCCAUUCUGUAUAUAUUUUUAUUUCGCUGUCUUUUUGAUUGUAUAUUGUUGUGUUCAAAGUAUUUGUUUCCGGGUAAAUUGUUUUUUUGUUUUGUUUUUUAAAUAUCGUUUCAAAAACCUUACCCAAUUAUAUUAAUUAUAAUUGUAUAUAUUUAUUAUUAAAUAAAAACUUUAUAUCUGUACAUUUAUAAAAACUUAUUUUGCACAUUAGUUGUAAUAAUACCAAAUGUAAAGACCACAUAAAGGUAAAAAAAUACAUUUUUUGUUAGGAAACACACUAAAACAUCUCUCAAAAUCAGCCUACUUUUCAUCUCACCAUGUUUAUAUUUUUUUAUUAUUUAACGAAUCAUCAACAUUCAUUUACUCUCCCCAGUAUUCAGUUUUGACAAAAAUCAUCUUGUGAAAAAACAUUUGUUUCUCCUGUUUUAUUUCAAAUAGUUAAUAUACUUUUAAAAUAAACCGAUGAGGACUUAACCUGGUCUUUUGAAUAAUGAAAACCUGUUCAUUUUUGUUGUCCUCCUUUCUUCAAUUAUGGAUUAUGUGUAUUAAAUUAUUUUCCUUAGGCCAUUUCUUUUAGAAAACUGGUAAUUAGAUCAAAAAUGAGAUUUCAUUUAUAUUGCGGCGUUUCGGUACCGAGCGUCAUGAAAUGCACUUUAUUUCUAUAACUAAACUUUAAAUUGAAAUUAUUGCUGUUUUAUUUAUUGUAAAUUAAAAUCCUUAAAUUCGCUUAAAUUUAUAUAAAAACAAACAGAAAAGUGGGUUUCUUACCUACUAUAAUUAGGUAGAGAGUGCUGAAUCCCGCCUUCAAAAAAACUGGCUAAGUAAAAUAAUCGAAUGCAAAUUGUCAAAGAUUU